AUGGCUGAAAGAGGUCUAACAAAUGAUGUAAAAACAGAUGAGAAUGUUACUUUUGAAGAUUUGGCUAUAUCAGAACUAACUAUUAAUUCACUUAAACAUUCAGGAUUUAUUAAACCAUCACCAAUUCAAUUACAAGCAUUACCAUUAGCACUUGUUGGUGUUGAUCUUCUUAUUCAAGCGAAAUCUGGUACUGGUAAAACAUUAGUUUUUAGUAUAACAGCUCUUGAAUUUGUACAAAUUGUUGAUGAAGAUUCAACUGUAAUACCAACAAAAGUAAUUAUGCUUGCACCAACACGUGAAAUAGCUCAACAAAUUGUUCAAGUAAUUAAAACUAUAAAACAACCCGAAUGUAUUGUACAUACGUUUAUUGGUGGUACAGCAUUAAAAGAUGAUCAAAAUCAUUUAAAAAAAUGUCAUAUUGCUGUUGGUACACCAGGAAGAAUUGAAGAAUUACUUCGAUUAAAAUAUCUUCGAGCUGAUACAAUUCGAUUACUUGUUUUAGAUGAAGCCGAUGUAUUAUUAUGUAAAGAAUUUCAAGAUCAAAUCAAUUCUAUAUUUUCAUAUAUGCCAUUGAAUAAACAAGUUUUAUUAGCAUCAGCAACAUAUCCCGAACAUAUUGUUCGUUUUUCUGAACGAUAUAUGCGUGAUAUGACAUGUAUACGUAUAAUUGAUUCUGACUCACCAAGUUUAAUUGGUAUUCAACAAUAUUCUAUUUUAAUUCCAUAUCAUCCAAUCGAAUCAUAUUUAUUUGAACAAAAAGUUCUUUUAUUAUUACGUUUAUUACCACAAUUAAAAUUUCGUCAAUGUGUUAUUUUUUCUAAUCUUCGUAUGCGUUCAUCAGCUGUUUGUGAACGUUUAAAAUCUUUAGGUUAUGAAACAACAUAUACAUCAAGUUCAUUAACACAAAAUCGUCGAACAAAAGCUAUGCGUGAUAUGUAUAAACAUAAAUGUCAAAUCUUAGUUACAACUGAUUUAACAUCACGUGGUAUUGAUUUAGAUAAUGUUGAUUUUGUUAUAUCAAUGGAUUUACCUAAUGAUCAUGAAACGUAUUUACAUCGUAUUGGUCGUGCUGGUCGUUUUGGUGCUUAUGGUUGUUCAUUAACAAUUCUAUCACAUGGUGAUGAACAAAAACAAUUAGAAAAUAUUCAAAAUGAAUAUAAAUUAAAUUUAAUCGAAAUUGAUGAACAACAAAAAUUUCAAUUAUUAAGUAAUGCACUUGAACAAGUAACUAUGAAUAUUCAAAAUACAUAG